CCCAUCGUUUACCAUGAUGUUAUCUUGCGAGGAAGAGUUGAUGCCUCGAUCAGCUUCUACCUCUUUCCUAUCCUUCUGCGUCUGCCACCUCAUCGUAGCCAUUCUUCUGCUAAUUAGCAGCAGCAAUGGUGUGACCGAGCGCAGCCUUCCGACCAUAGACGAUGAUGACAGAGUGCGCGGACCAGCGCCGUCAACAUCCGGUUUUGGAGGGCCAGACGAAAAGAACGGUGACGAUUCCAACGGGGAAGAUGAUGAGCUGAGGAAGAGAGCGGAGGAAUUCAUCGAGAAGAUGAACAGCGUGUGGAGAGCAGAGAGGAAGAAGAUGCCGCGGUGAUGUGGUGCAGACUAUUGCAUGCAAUCAAUGGGAGACAUGUGCAACUCCGAAUCUGCCAAUAGUAUGCCACAUAAAAGCAACAUUCGGAUUAAAGGCCGCAACUUUGGGUUGAAAUUUACGUAGGGGCAAAUGUAAUGCAGUGACCAUUUUGUCCGCCAAUCCUCAUGGAGUUGACAUAUCCGACAA